GACCCCAGCGUAUCUUCCCCUUUUUUGUGUGAAUUACACUGAAAAACGCAUUAAAAAACGAGAAAUAGGGACAAUAGUCCAGGCGGCGGGUUGUCUUCGAAGGCGGACGGACGGCGACGACGUGUCGCGCGGCGUCUGGCGCUGGACGAAGCGGCGGAGGAGGAGGGUGUUGUCCUGAUGCUUACAUGGAAGUGGGUGGGCCUUCACGGUGAUACACUGCCAACGCUGUGGAUACCGACCUGACAAGCGCUAAUUUGUCCCGUCUAUGGACCGUUUACCCGGCCGAAGAGGCACACGACGCGGCUGCCGGCGCCCAACGUCCGUGUGGGGGAGCGGCUGGAGUGCUGUCCGUUAUUUCUGUUGAGGCUGAGCCUCCGCUUGGCGCCGCCCUUCCUGGACGGUGGGUGGUUUCGUGAAAACGGCCCGGAUCCCCGUCCUCCGCCUUCGUACCCGGCCUUCCUUCUUCCGUGAACUACACCCUCUCCCUCUCCGUAUAUUCAUGCGUUAUGAGUGACUCCAAGAAGGAAUCAUCUGGAACUGAAGGCGGGAAAGCAACGAAAAAGGGGAAAAAUUCUGCAUCACAGGAUUCCUCGCAGCCCUCUCCCUUGGCUCUGCUCGCCGCCACCUGCAGUAAGAUCGGAGGGCAGGAGGGAGCCGAGGGCGCUCAGGCUCAGGCGGGGCCCCAGCAGAUCCAGCUCCAGGCUGGUCAGAUCCAGCUGCAAGCGGGGCAGCUCCAGGGUCAGUUUGUUGUGGACACAUCCGGGGGCCAGGCCUUGGUGCAGCAGCAGCUGGAACUGGUCCCGGCUCAGUUCACGGGGAACGGGUGGCAGAUCAUCGCGGCGGCUCCGACUAUGGCCAAGGAGAACACCAACCAGCCUGUUGCUGUAACGGUUCCCACCAGCCUGCCUAAUGACGGCUCACCUGGACGCAAGGUGAAGGCCGUUGCGGGGACCAACAGUGUGUCUGCCAACCAGCAACAGCAGUUUCAGAUAAUCCAGGUUCAGAACCUACCCAGUGCCGGAGGCGGGGUCCAGUAUCAAGUCAUCCCUCACCUGCAGACCGCUGAUGGACAGCAGAUCCAUAUCAACCCGACUCAGACGGCCUCUAUCGGGACUUUACCCGAGCAUGUUCAGAUUAUCCAGAGUCCGAAUCAAGGCCAGGCUCAGGCCAUUCUCCAGCCGGCCAAUCAGCAGACGAUGCUGUCAAGUACCACCAGCCAGACGGUCCCCCUGCAGAUUCGCCCUGCUCAGUCUUUCCCCCUGCAGCUGCAGACCCUUCAGGGCUCUCAGACCCCGGUCAUGACCACGGUGCCCAUAAACCUCGGUGGCAUGACCCUGGCAUUGCCUGUGAUCAAUAAUGUCGGAGGCGGCGGCACCAUGCAGCUUAUCCAAUCAGCAGAUGGCACUUUCUCUGUUGCCAAUGGCAACCAAUUGGUGACAACAGCGGCACUUUCUGUUCCGGCAGCCGCCGGAUCCAUAACAACGCUGGCCGCAGGUGACGGCGCGUCAGACGGGACGCAAGUGGUCUCCGCCGGGAUGGAGGUUAUGACGACUGACAACCAAGCACAAAGUGCCGAGGCGGAUUCACAAAGUCAGAACCAGGCCAACGGAGUUCAGAGUCAGGCGGACAUGCCAGGAACCAUUCAGCAGGUGAUCGUAGGGCAGGUGGGACAUCAGUUAGUGCAGCAGAUCCAGCUGCAGCAUCCACAGACUCCAGGUCAAAGCCAAGCCCAGCAGCCCCAGCACAUCCAGACUCUACAGCUGGCACCGGGUCAAACCCUGCAGCCCAUUCAGGCCUUUCAGAAUCCAGCCCAGGUCCUUAUCCGCACACCCACCCUGUCCCCGACUGGACAGAUCACCUGGCAGACGCUGCAGCUGCCCGGCGGUGUGUCCCUGCAGGGCAGCCUGGGAGCUGCAAUGCCACAGCAGCUCACACUGGCCCCAGUGGCCGGUGGCACCAGUGGAGGGCUGGUGUCCCUAAGCGGAGCCCCCCUGACGCUGAGCGCGGCUCAGAUCAACCCAGGGUCCGGUGUGCAGACGGUCAGCAUCGCCGGGCUGGGCAGCGCCGGGGUUCAAGUGCAGGGCAUGCCCCUCACUAUCACAGGUCUACAGGGUCAACCACAGGGGCAGGAUGGCGCCAAAGUCCAGUCGUCCCCUUUAACGGUCACGAUGGGUAACGUGGCGUCCGGCUCCUCGAUGAGUCCGGACCAGUUGGGAUCCGUGCAGAGCUCUUCAGACCAGGAGGGGCCGCCCAGCAAGAGGCUCCGUCGAGUCGCCUGCUCCUGCCCAAACUGUCGAGAUGGAGAGGCAAGGAACAGUGGGGACCCCACGAAGAAGAAGCAACACAUCUGCCACAUGGAAGGCUGCGGGAAGGUGUACGGCAAGACGUCCCACCUGAGGGCUCACCUGCGCUGGCACACGGGCGAGAGGCCGUUUGUCUGCAACUGGAUCUUCUGUGGCAAGAGGUUCACGAGGAGCGACGAGCUGCAGAGACACCGGAGAACGCACACAGGAGAGAAGCGCUUCGAGUGUCCCGAGUGCUCCAAGCGCUUCAUGCGCAGCGACCACCUCUCCAAGCACAUCAAGACUCACCAGAACAAAAAGGGCGGCGCCGCCGUGGCCAUCAUCACCACCGACGACAUGGAGGAAGACCCCCCCGAGGGCCUGGGCUCUUCCCCUCAAAUCAUGGCGGUCGCACUCUCCCGUGACUCUGAGCCGGCCACGCCCACCACCUCCAACCACCUGGAGGAGGAAGAGGAGGAGUUUGAAUAAGGCAACGAAAAAAAAAAAAAAAAAGCUGGCGGAGGUCACGACAGGGACUUUGAAAUGUUCACUUUUUGAAAUAACUGAUCCAUACAUUGUGCGGGGAUGAAAGACAAACAUUGCGGUCCCACCGAUCUCUAUGCACAAAGUUCCUGUUUCCAACCUGUCAGACAGGGCUGAGGGUCAAUCAAGGUACAGGACUGUUGCAGAGCAGAGGGCAGUCUUGGGAUCAGUGUGUGUGUGUGUGUGUGUGUGUGUGUGUGUGUGUGUGUGUGUGUGUGUGUGUGUGUGUGUGUGUCAUGAAGAGGAUUUACCUAAUGUGAGUUUAGGUCCUCAGAUCUAACUCAGGUGUGGAUUCCUUUGGAGGAGACGAGGACAAUUCUUUCAAGAAAACAAAAAGCACAUAUAGAAAGAUUUAUAAUGCAUUCCUAUUGAGCGCAGAGUGGCCAUUAGAGAGAGAGAGAGAAGAAAAAAAAAAGAAAAGGUUUCUAUUAAAAAGACAAAAACAAUCUAGCUUUCUACAACGAUGUGAGGUGAAAGCAAUACUUUAAUGACAAUCCCAGUGGGUCAUGUUUACAUUGAGACAAAUGAGAGCACACAUACAGCGGUUUGCUAAUUUCCUGCGUUUUGUCGUGUGUGCGUUUGUGUGUGUGUGUGUUCGAUUCCCGGCAGCAGUUUGUUUAUUACGGUUUGUGCUGCCCGUCCUGCUCUGUGACCCACAACUGCCUUAACACGAGCGGAGAGGGGAAGGCGGACCGUCUGGCGGCACAGGACGAGGAGUGGGAUGGGAAUGCGACGGCGGGAAGGGGAUUCAUGUGGUUGCCGUCGGGUUCAAACGUCGAUGACAUUUAUCAAACAAGACAAGAAGCAAGGAAAUAAACAGAGGCAGAAUUCUAAUUUUGCUCAAUUGAGGAGAAACGUGUCACCCACGCUCUGGCGAAAAAGGUUUACGUCUCCUUCUUUAUUUGGACACUUCCUGUUUACACAACAACAUCUGCUUCCAAAGGAAAGGGGAGUAUGUAAACGGUCAUUGUUUUCUGUGACAUUAACACAAAAGAAAAAGAUGCCUCGGGCUUGGGCUGGUCCUGGAUUCAGCUUGAGCAGGUCCUCGAUGACAAAUAUAUAAGCCCCCCCCUCCCGUCUCUUCCCGUCGUACACAAUGGAAUUUUCCAAGCCUUUGCUUGGUGCAACAAAGAUAGCCUCUUGUCCAGGGGUCACCAACCUUUUUGAAAGCAAGAGCUACUUCUUGGGUACUGAUUAAUGCGAAGGGCUACCAGUUUGAUACACACUUAAAUAAAUUGCCAGAAAUAGCCAAUUUGCUCAAUUUACCUUUAACUCUAUGUUAUUAUUAAUAAUUAAUGAUAUUUACACUUAAUUGAACGGUUUAAAAGAGGAGAAAACACGAAAAAAAAUGACAAUUAAAUUUUGAAACAUAGUUUAUCUUCAAUUUCGACUCUUUAAAAUUCAAAAUUCAACCGAAAAAAAGAAGAGAAAAACUAGCUAAUUCGAAUCUUUUUGAAAAAAUUUAAAAAAUAAUUUAUGGAACAUCAUUACUAAUUUUUCCUGAUUAAGGUUAAUUUUAGAAUUUUGAUGACAUGUUUUAAAUAGUUUAAAAUCCAAUCUGCACUUUGUUAGAAUAUAUAACAAAUUGGACCAAGCUAUAUUUCUAACAAAGACAAAUCAUUAUUUCUUCUAGAUUUUCCAGAACAAAAUUUUUAAAAGAAAUUCAAAAGACUUUGAAAUAAGAUUUAAAUUUGAUUCUACAGAUUUCCUAGAUUUGCCGGAAUAAUUUUUUUGAAUUUUAAUCAUAAGUUUGAAGAAAUAUUCCACAAAUAUUCUUCGUCGAAAAAACAGAAGCUAAAAUGAAGAAUUAAAUUCAAAUGUAUUUAUUAUUCUUUACAAUAAAAAAAAUAAAUGUACUUGAACAUUGAUUUAAAUUGUCAGGAAAGAAGAGGAAGGAAUUUAAAAGGUAAAAAGGUAUAUGUGUUUAAAAAUCCUAAAAUCAUUUUUAAGGUUGUAUUUUUUUCUCUAAAAUUGUCUUUCUGAAAGUUAUAAGAAGCAAAGUAAAAAAAAAUCAUGAAUUUAUUUAAACAAGUGAAGACCAAGUCUUUAAAAUAUUUUCUUGGAUUUUCAAAUUUUAUUUGAGUUUUGUCUCUCUUAGAAUUAAAAAUGUCAGGCAAAGCGAGACCAGCUUGCUAGUAAAUAAAUACAAUUUAAAAAAAUAGAGGCAGCUCACUGGUAAGUGCUGCUAUUUGAGCUAUUUUUAGAACAGGCCAGCGGGCUACUCAUCUGGUCCUUACGGGCUACCUGGUGCCCGCGGGCACCGCGUUGGUGACCCCUGAUGUAAACGGUCAUUGUUUUCGGUGACAUUAACACAAAAGAAAAAGAUGCCUCGGGCUUGGGCUGGUCCCGGAUUCAGCUUGAGCAGGUCUUCGAUGACAAAUAGAUAACCCCCCCUCCCGUCUCCUCCCGUCGUACACAAUGGAAUUUUCCAAGCCUUUGCUUGGUGCAACAAAGACAGCCUCUUGUCUGUUCAUUGGGAACUCAGAGAACGGAAAGUUUCUUUUUGUGAUAAUUUACAUACAAUUUUUCUGACACGUGUGAACGUGACGAAUCGGGGCCUUCCACCUUCGUGCUGAAUAUCUUAAAAAAAGGCGAUUUGUGGCAAUUCCAACGAGAGUGGCGCUUUCCGUCAUUUUCAGCAGACUGCAUUGCAAAAUGAUUAACCCCACGUAUGAAUCCCGUUCCCGCUGUAUGGGAGGGGGAGGCGGUUCAGGCUGUUUAGCAACGUGAUGAGAUGUUUCCGGUGGUGUUCGUACAUUCUUACUAAAUGAAAAAAUAUAUAUGUCUAUUUUUUAGAUUUUGACAACCAUCCCCCUCCCAGUUUUAACACGGCAGCCCCGGUGUGUAAAGCUAAUUUAUUAUCUUGAUUUGUAAUAUUUGCCUUCUUGCUGGAAUUUGUAUUUGUGUGUGUGUGUGUGUUGAUUCUAAAGUUGUGUACAGCAUGUUUCAGUUUUUUUGCUGUAAUAUCGCUUCUCUUUUUUUAAUGCUCAUGGCAGUUUUGUUCCUCCUCCUCGCACCAUAAUGUUUUGGGUUUUUUUAGGGGUAAGGGGGAAUAAAAAAGCAACAAAAAAAAAGUGUUUGAAAUGAAAACAAAAAAAAGAUACCAAACAUUUGUUUUUGGUAAUGUUUUUUUCUAGUGACAUCUCAUUUGUAAAUCUUUUUCUACAGUCUGUCCGUCGCCAUGACAUUUGAUAUUGUUUUUGUUUUUUUUGGUUUUUGUUUUUGCCAGGUUGGCCUCAAAGGCUUCCCCGGUUUGUUGAGAUUUUUAAAACUGGUUUGUACAAAUGCGUUAUGUCGGUGGAAAAGAAUGGAGAAACAAAAGAAGAAAAGAUACUUUGCCUGCAUAACACGUGACAAUAAAGUGAUUUUAA